AUGUACUCCAAAACUAAAUCAGCCGAUGAGGAUGAGCGUAGCGCGCCGCCUCCGAGCUACAACGCCGCUAUUGGUGGAGCUGGUUCCUCCACUCGACAGUUCACCCUCCCGCAGGAUGCUCCCGCUCGGAACGACAGCCGUCAAUGUGGCGAGUACACGGAGAAGGACCAGCGGAAGCGAGACGACAAGCUGUCGUCCUCAUACCUUCCCAGCGCCUCUUCCUCUUCGAACGCCGUUCAGCCUCUGGCUCCCAUGAACGCACUUGCGCAGUACGGCAGCCCCUAUGCCAUCUCAUCGGACUGGGCGCCGUCAGCGUACGACGCGCGACUCACCCGCUUGCCCACGCUUGACCUCGAACUUCGGCUCAAGAUGCGCUUCUCCAGCUCCACCUCGGUUGCUCCUCCUAGCUUCACGCGCCCGCCUCCACCUGUUCCUCGGUCGGCGUUCGACGAGGUGUACAUUGCGAGCGCCACCACCAAGGUCAAAAAGCAGCUCCUCUCGGACGGUUUCGACCCUCUCUACCCAGGCCCGAUCCUCGCGCCGCGCAAUGUGAGCGCUGCAGACUGGGCCCGGUUCCUCUCGGACCUCACCGCAGCCGGUCGUCUCACAGGCAAGCAGAGCAUCUUCUCCAACGUGGCGCCUAUGACGAUGCACAUGGGUGCCACGGGCUACUUUGUCACCAAAGCCAUCGAGAAGCGGAUGAAGAAGAAAAAGGACCCGCAGAUCUGUCAGGCUCUCGAGGUGUGGCAGGCGAGCUUCUUCUCCGUCCGCCAGCUGGAUGUGUGGAUUGCCAAAGAUGGGCUGCGGGUCACAGCCAGGAGUCCAGGCGCUCUCUUGCCUGGAUCCAACCUCACCGCAGAGGCACAGCUUGAACGCACGGGAUCAACCGCUUCGGCCACCUCCUCCUCCUCCAGCUCCAGCUCCAGCUCAAGCAGCGACUCCUCCCACAACGACAAGGCGCACGGACAGAAACUCGAUAGGUCCACCCGAAAGCUCUGUCGCGAGCAGCGCAAGCUCGAGCGCAAACAGCGCAAGGCCGAACGCAAGCGCCAGCGUGCCGAGCGCAAACACGAGCGCAAGAUGGACAGGAUCGACCGCAAACACGAGCGCAAGAUGGACCGGAUCGAGCGCAAGGCGGGCAAGGCGCGCACGAGCAACUGCUGCGCAUCCACCAGCGGUGCGAAUGCGAAGGGAGCAACCAUGAGUCCGGGAUGGGUUUUGGUCAUCGCUCCGCUGCCCUUGUCAGAUGGGGCUACGUUCCCUUUGUAG